AUGUCCAUGCCACUACACUUUUUAGACUCAAAUGAGCGCCCAACUACAGAAGCCGGGGCUGUCUUGUUUGAGACCAGCCGUCUGGUCAUUCGGCGUUUCCUCGUGACGGAUGCCCCGAGCCUCGCUGCCGCCUUGAAUCACAAAGAAGUAGUCGCCCAGUUGAGCGACCGCUUCAGGUAUCCUUUCACAGUGUCCGACGCGGAGACUGCCAUUUCAUUGUCGUUUCCGUCAGAGCAGGACAAUCAACUCACCGCUCCCUACCCUAGAUCUGUCGCCGUCUGCAUCAAACCCAACACGGUCGACAAUUCUUCCCCCGAGCCACGACUUAUUGGGAGCAUGGUUGCGCAUGCUGGGAAGGACAUGGCUUACAGGACAUGGUCGCUAGGCUACGCCUUGACACCAGAAGUUUGGGGUCGAGGCUUUGCGGCGGAAGCUGUGACAGGACUCAGAGACUGGGUAUUUGAGACGUGGCCACGACUUGCGCGACUCGAAGCCAGCGUCUUUUCCACGAAUCCUGCGAGUGCGAGGGUGCUUUUCAAAGCUGGAUUUCGAGAGGAGGGUCUCCGUAGAGCGUGCUUGGAGAAAAAUGGCGUCUUACUCGAUGCUCGCCAGUUUGCGAUUUUGCGAGGCGACUGCCGAGUUCAACUAGCUAACUAG